AUGCUGACAGCUGACUCGAUAAUGAUCUCGGUGAUUUAUUACCUAUCUUCACUAUUUCUCAACCAACCCGCAGCCCCAUCGUCCCAACCCUACACCUACAUGCGAAGAUUGACUAUUCAUCGCACCGUGGCUGCAGAGGGCGAUAAGAAGGGGGAGAAGGAGCCGCAUUUGUCUCAGCCGAUCGGAGAAGAAACAGAAGAAGGGGAGCAACAACCACAAGAAGAGCAAACUACAGAGGGAUCAGCUCAACCAUCAUCAUCAACAUCGCUUCCCUCUAUACAUCCACCGUCGUCGUCCAAAACUUCACUCACAACACCAACAGAGGUUCCACCAUCAAGACCUACUAAAAAAUCGCCUAAAAGAGUUCUCCAAGUAGAAUCAGCAGGACCAGAAGAGACACCAUCAUCAUCGUCAAUAAGGACAUCUUCUGCACCUUCGACCCCUUCAGGAGUUUCAUGGUUAGCAGAAAAGGCGAUUGUCUUGGUGAGGUUUGCUGAAUGUUUUCGUCGAGGACGUGUUAUUCGCUACGAUGCUGAGCUGAAUAUGUGCGUGGUUCAAUUGGAAUUCUCCAACACUGUUGUUAAUAAGGGCAUCGAGGAUAUAUUUCCUGAUGACCCUUCUAUCAUCUCGGAGGCAACAAAGAAAAAAGAGGAACAAGGAAAAUCAGCUCAAUCUAGCUCUUCUAGAGCAACUGAUUCCGACGUGCCUUGUCCAAGUUCAGCACCUCCUUUCAUGUAA